AUGCUCUUAGCUGAAUAUUACUAUGAUAAAGAUUAUCAAAAUAGAUCUAUUGAUAUAAUUGAAUUUGACACCUUAUAAACUAAAAACACUAUCAACUUAAGUGGGAUAUAAUGUGAUUCAAAAAUAUUCCACAGAAUCUUCAAUGAUGUUGACUACAUUUUUUAUCAAGAAGGAUAAUUUAUCUGUAUGAUUGCACUUGAUGAUUUUAUUGAAUAAAGUCCUGUAUGCUACCAACUUAAAGAUCACUUAAUAUUUCACAGUCGUGGCAAAUCAAUCUUUGUAGACACAAAAUCUCUUGAUAUAGCAAAGUAGCUUGAUAAAUACUAUUACUCUUUCAAAUAUCAAGAUUUGUAUGAAUAUGCUAUGGAUUAAGAUUUUAAUAUUUAUGAAUAUGAAAAUCUUGAAGGUUUUAAUUUAACAAAAAAGCUUUAGCUUUAUCACACAAAUAUAAAAUGGAUGUAUGCGAUUGAAACAACCUUGAAUAGGUUGAUAAUAUUUUUUGGGAAUGAAAAAAUUGACUACAACCUUCUAAUCUUUGAUUCAUUGACAUUUUAACUAGUUGGAAAUAUUGAAAAUUAUUUCAAUCAUUUGAUUAAAAUAGACCCAAUAGGCAAUAAGAUUUAUUUUUUAGAUCCAAAUAUUAGAGAUCAGAUCAACUAUUUCAAUUUUAGUGCAAACCUCAGUGAAUGCUAUGAAAUUAUCCCAGUCAUAAAUAAUGGAUAAUAUCUAAUGAUAGAAGAGUAUUAAGAUAUGAAAAAAAAUUACUUAUUUUAUAAUUCAAAGUAAGUUGGUAAGAUAAUGGUCAAAGACUUAUUAACUGGAGUUAUAAAAGAGAUAUCAAAAGAAUUUUAUGAGAGUUGUGGUGAUUUCCCCGAUUAAUUAGAUGAAAUAUUUAUUAAUAAAAAUCUAAAAUAAACAUAAGAAGUUAAAAAAGAUGAUUAUGAAAUAGUCACUGAAAUUAAUUCUGAAGAUAUUCUAAUAGAAAAUGAUGGUGAUUUUGUUUAUCUAAAUGGUAAUCGUAAGUUAAACUGGGCAGAUUUCAGAAUAAAAUCUGGAUUUGAAUUUUAAGAUGAAUCUUCUUUUUGUAUAAUGUUCAAUUAAUUUCAUGAAAAGCAAUAUAUCUAUGAUUAAGCAACAUGGAGUAAAAUUGUUUAUUUUGAUAAAUAAAGCUUAAAAUUUGAAUCGAUUGAUUUAAUUGAAGAAACUGAUUUGGAAAUUUAUCCUCACUAAGCAAUUCUAAAUGAAAAUCUAGGCUAUUUAAUGAGAAUUAUAUAAAAAUGA